AUGGCGGUUGUUUAUAAUAAAUCAGGACCCGGCGUGGUUCAGUCUGAGCUGCUGCUGUUGGACCCUCGAGCAGAAACUCCUGCAGCUCAGGAAUGUAAACGUGACGUCAGCAGGGACGGAGUGUACAGAUUAAAGGUAGACGGACUGAAACUGAGAGGAGCUUCAGUUCUGCUCCUGAUCCUGAUCCUGAUGGAGGCCCCAGUGCCGAAGCCGAGGGCCCGAUACCUGCUGGGGCCGGGGUUCCGGAGCCUCUCCACUGAGAGUGAUGUUACAGAACCUCCGGUGAGCUCCAGCAGAACGACUGAGAGUGAGAACGCUGCAGGUAACAACAACACCUCAGCGGCCCCCCCGCCCUCAUGCCCCCUCACCCCUAUAGAUGGGACCUCAGAUUCCUCAGCUGAUGAGAGUCAGCAAUCAGACCGAACCUCCGAACCCGAGUCUGCUAAACAAUGCCACAACUACACCGACCCAACUCCUCUUCAGGUCUCUGAUAAAGCUUUAGAACAGAAUCUCAUUCAGACUCAUCCUGUCAUCACCAACAAACCUCGGCACCAGGUUCUGUGGGUGACGUUUGAUGGUCAGCUGAUCUCACUGUGGAAGAAACGCUCGGAUAAAUUUCCUGUGCUCGUAUUUCACGUCUCCAGCAUCACCAACAUUCAUCAGCAUGAUCAGGGUCUCUUCACCCUCUUCUUCCACAAGAAGCACCUGGAGUUCAUGGCUCACAGUGAGGCUGUGCAGACGGGCUGGGUCACAUCGCUCCUCGCCUCCCGCGGACGGGAACCGCCACCGGCGCCGGCGCACCACGGCCCGCUACUGACCAGAGAGCCGCGGAGCAAAGUGUACGCCGCCAUCUGCGGCCACACCCUGUGGAUCUACAAAAACAGAGAGGACUUUAAUCUGGGACUCGGGAGGAACCUUCUGUCCAUGAACAUCGUCACCGUCAAGCUGAGCGGACGCCACAACUUCAGCCUCGUUACACCUUACAAAACCUUCAGUUUCUCGGCCGACUCCUCUCGAGAGCUGCAGUCGUGGUUGGAUCAUCUGAACCAGGUGAUCCGUAACGCCCUGUCCUGCAGCGAGGUGGCGCUGCGUUUCUGGUCCAGUCCCUGGAAUAAAGUGUGCGCUGACUGUGGAAGCCCGAACCCCGAGUGGGCGUCCAUUAACCUGCUGAUGGUCGUCUGUGAGGCCUGCGCCGGGGUCCAUCGCUCACUGGGGAGCAGCAGAUCUAAAGUCCGUGGUCUGAAACUGGACAGUAAGGUUUGGACCGAACCUUUAAUUGAGCUGUUUGUUAAUUAUGGAAACAAAGCUGCUAAUAACGUGUGGGCUCACAACGUCCCGGCGGAACAUCAGAUCUUCCCCGAUGCUCCUCAGGACCAGCGCGCCGCCUUCAUCAACAACAAGUACUGCAGAGGCCUUUACUGCAAAGUCCAUCCACUAUCCACCAGCCAGGCGCUGCUCAACGAGAGGCUGUGUGCGGUGGUGUGUGGUGCUGAUGUGGAGGAGACUCUCUCACUCCUGUGUUCUGGAGCUAAAGUUUCGGGUGGUGAGGGUCCAUCGCUCAUCACACUGGCGGAAAACGCUGGUCAGCUUCUGCAGGCCGAGCUGCUCCGACACAACGAGUCUGUAGACGUUCCGGAUUUUAGGCAGGUGAGACAGAAGGAGGAAGAGACAGGUCUGGAGGAGCUCCAUGGCCGGUUGGAUGAGGAACGUUUCUUGUUCUCUCGUGAGAACGAGUCGGCGGCGUGUGACGUGCUGGACCUGCGGGAGGUCAUCGCCGUGUUCGAUCGGUCUGCAGGGGAGACUCAUGAGUUCGAGAUCUUGACUCUGUCGAACACUCUGAUCUGCAACACAGACACACAACAGUCGCUGCAAACCCACCUGCUGCACGUCAUUAAGGUGUUGGUUCCAGGGCAGCCGGACGAGAGGGAUCUGGAGGGGGCGAUGGCUAUAUCUCAGGUGUACCUGAGGGAGGGGCGUGGACUCCAGCACGCCGAGGUUUGGGCCCUGAUCCGCCCCGGCGAGGUUUUCAUUUUCCCGUCUCAGCCCAACAGCCCACGCAGCACCGUCACCCUGAACCAGCAAACACAGUACAACCUGCGUGAGACUGAGAAAACCAUCGAUGUAACCGCAGCUGGAAAAACGGUGCAUCUUCAGUUCCAGCACGAGCAGAACUGCAGCAGAUUUUACUCCAUGCUCUCCACAGCAGCCUCCACAGAGAGGAAGUGGAAUCAUCAGUCCAUGUACAAACUUCCUGUGGGGAUCAGCGGCUCAGUUUCUCCUCAGCUGGAGCGCUGCAUCUCACACAUCACGCUGUACGGUCUGAAGGUGGAGGGUCUGUACCGCUGCUGUGGAAUGGUCACUAAGAUCUCUAAGCUGGUGGAGAAGCUACAGGCGUCUCCAGCAGAAACGGUUUUGGAGACAGAUGAAGACUCGAUACUGAACGUGGCGGGAGCGCUGAAGCAUUUCCUCCGACAGGAACCGGAGCUCAUUCGUCCGUCUGAGAGGCGCGGCUGGGUCGAGGCGUCAGUGCAGGAGGAUUUAAGUCUGAGGCUUCAGGAGUAUCAGCGUCUGGUGAAGCUUCUUCCUCCUGAUAACAGAGCCACGCUGUCGGCCCUCCUCAACCAUCUCUACAUAGUUCAGCUGCACAGUCAGGUUAACAGGAUGACGGCUCAUAACCUGGCGCUGGUGUUUGUACCCACGCUCUUCCAGGAAUUAGCCAUGAACCCAACCGUGGUGCAGCUCACCGAGGAGCUCAUCGUCCACCACGCGCUCAUCUUCCUGAGUUCAGAAGAAGCUGCAUUGCAGAAGGAAAUGAUCACGGUUUUCUAAUGGAUGAAGAAAAGUCGUCAUCUGGAGACAUGAAAACACUUUUAUUCUUUAAUAAAUGUACAGCUUCUCUUUCUGUGUGCAUAAACAUUACUGUGAUGAAUGAAUGAUGAUGUUCAGAAGUAUUUAUGCUCAGAACGAGACUCUCGCUGUAACUGCAGCUUUAAUAUUUUAUACUGUAACAAUAAA